AAGUUUUAAAUAAAUAUCAGCCCUAAAAAACUCUUUAAAUAAAUUGAAAUUUAAUGAGUCAUAUUUUUUUAACAUAUAAAUUUUAAUAGUUAUCGUACCGAACAAAAACAGUAAUCAUGAUCUAAACCGAACAACCUCGAAGAAAUACAAGUUAUUACAUGCAAAAAUAUAUAGUAAUAAAUAAAUAAACUAGUUAAACAAAAUACAAUAUUUUUUGUCUUCAAAGAAGAUUCGAUGGACGCGUAGAAAAUGAUGGGACAUGGUGUUGUAUAUGUGUUUCAUUGUAACGCACUAUAAAGACACGUAGAAUGAGUCAUCACCACUAUAUAAACAAGUAGCAUGCAUGCAUGCAUGCAAUUAUAACCAAUAAUGGCUUCUCUUCAAACCCAAAUGAUCUCGUUCUAUGCGAUAUUUCUAUCCAUUCUCUUAACAACAAUCCUUUUCUUCAAGGUGAACUCAACUGAAACCACUUCCUUCUUGAUCACCAAGUUCAGCCCCGACCAACAAAACCUAAUCUUCCAAGGAGAUGGCUAUACCACAAAAGAGAAGCUGACACUGACCAAGGCAGUAAAGAACACUGUUGGCAGAGCCCUCUAUUCCUCACCUAUCCAUAUCUGGGAUAGAGAAACAGGCAACGUUGCUAAUUUUGUAACUUCCUUCACUUUUGUCAUAAAUGCACCCAACAGUUACAACGUUGCCGACGGGUUUACGUUCUUCAUCGCACCUGUAGAUACUAAGCCGCAGACCGGCGGUGGAUAUCUCGGAGUUUUCAAUAGCGCAGAGUAUGAUAAAACCACUCAAACUGUUGCUGUGGAGUUUGACACUUUCUAUAAUGCUGCAUGGGAUCCAAGCAACAGAGAUAGACAUAUUGGAAUCGAUGUGAACAGUAUCAAAUCCGUAAACACUAAGUCGUGGAAGUUGCAGAAUGGUGAAGAGGCUAAUGUUGUGAUAGCUUUUAAUGCUGCUACUAAUGUGUUAACUGUUAGUUUGACCUAUCCUAAUUCACUUGAGGAAGAGAAUGUAACUAGUUAUACUCUUAGCGACGUUGUGUCUUUGAAGGAUGUUGUUCCUGAGUGGGUAAGGAUUGGUUUCUCAGCUACCACAGGAGCAGAAUAUGCAGCACAUGAAGUUCUUUCAUGGUCUUUUCAUUCUGAGUUGAGUGGAACUUCAAGUUCUAAGCAAGCUGCAGAUGCAUAGUUUUUUUGCUUUUCAUCAUCAUGCAUGUCAAGUCAUGUGUGACAGAUCCAGUUUCUAUAAAUAAACUGCGCAUAUGCAGUACUUUUGUAAUGUUGUUAUGUAUGUUACUUGAUGCGUUUAUUAAUCAAUGUGUGUGAUUAAUUGUUUGA